AUGGUCAAGGCAGGUCUGCUCGGCUUCGCGGGCCGCCGCAAGUCCCAGGGCAACAUCAUGGAGGACGCAAAGCCAUUGCCUGCUCCCGAUGCUGCGUCUGGGGCCGAGUCGCCCUCGGGCAGUGGAGGUGGGUUUCGUUUAAUGACCACAAGCGAGGCAGAGGCCCGGAAGACGGAGGAGAAGCGCCGAGCACAGGAAAAAUCCGCCUCCAAAUUUAGGCCGUUUAGCAGCUUCAGCGCUGGUAACAAGGCGCGGAAUCGCUCCUUUGACGAAGACUCACCAGGGUCUUCGAAGCGGGAUAGCAAAUCGAGCAGUGGGACCCAGUCCUCGCGCCCCUACAACAACGGCCAAUACGGCUCGACUUCCACGCUUCCCUCUUCUGCAGACACAGAUCCAAACGACAACAUCUUUGCCAUCCCCAGACCCCACAUGUCACAGCACAGCAGCUCGCAAAGCGGCCUGUCUGCCAACACGUACAAGAAGCAGCUACCAGCGGUACCUCAAUCAGAAUAUGGAGGUUAUGGCGAGCCUACAUCGCCGGUAGGUGGUUUCGGGCGUGUUCGCGCCAUGACGUCGUCCAGCUAUGCCAGUACCGCAAAGCCGCCGACCCUCGACGCUGACAUGAACUUCGGUUCGACCAGCUUUGACGACCUUUUCAGUGGGAUCGACCGGAAGCCGUCCCCCGAACAUGCCGCCGAAUCCCCUGGCCGUUCCCUUCUGAUGGGUAAACGAACAUUCCACGCGGAGCCAAUUAAAAUCGACCGCAAGCUGGACGUCGAACCUCCACUCAAAUCAUGGGAUUCCCGCAACUCCGCUGACAAUCUUAUGUCAUCUCCACGUUCGCCCGAGGAUGACUCUCCUCCGCCUCCCGUUCCUGCUCACAAAUAUGGCCAGUACGCGCCCGUCGCCUCCUACAGCCCCGAGCUGAACGGCGCUAACGAGUUUAUCGACAACGACGCGUCGACUGUCCGUAAACCCGUCAUGUCGCAAAAAUCACAGCGCGAAAGCUCGCCCGAGCAGGAGCCUACCUCGAAAUCGUCCUCGUCAGCCCCUUCGCUUGAGACACCCCUCUCGUCCCGCUCAGGUUCCGACAUCACCACACCAAAAGCUGCGUUACGCACUGCGACCUCACCUUCAUCUGAAGAUGGAGAUGAAGAUAUUUUCGCGUCGCCCAAACCAAAGCACAUGGCCAUGGCCAAGCCUUCUGCACUAGCUCCAAGAGACGAGCCUCGACCUCAGCCUCCCACGAGCGACUCUGGUCGACGCGUCCUUACCCAAGCCGAGUUCCGUGCACAGCAACAAAGAGCAAUGGCACAACCAAGCGAUGAGAGCUCGGACGAGGAAGACUACGAGGACGAAGAGGAGGCGCAAGAGAGGGCGGCACAAGAAGCGAUAGCUCGUCGUAAGAAACAGCAGAUGGAUCUGGCACGGGAUCACAUGCGUCGAACAACCACUGCGCCAGGAAAUCUCAACCGUCCCGAUAGCGUCAGUGAACCUUUUUCUAUGGGGUUCCCAUCCGAAACAUCGUUACAAGCAGAGGAGUGGGAGGACGAAGACGUUCCACUAGGCAUACUCGCGCAGCACGGGUUCCCCAGCAAGAACCACAACAAAGCCCCCACCCAACCAUCCAACGCCAUUCCGUCCUAUUUCCCCGACCGACCAGCGUCUGCUGGACCGGGUGAUAAUCGCGCAUCCAUGUUUCGUCCUGUUUUCGCACGCAAUUUGCCGGAUGAUCCGCACGCGUCGUUCAUCGGAGGAGGGUUGGUCCGACCAACAAACCGAGAGUCCAUGGGUUUCGGUAAUCGGGGACCUGCUUCGAUCGCAGGUGACUCUGUCAGUAACGCGCAUAUGAAUAUGCCUAUGAUGGGUUAUCCCGAGCCACAGCUAUCCCAGCCGUCGCUAGUCGAGCAGAUUCACAUGCGCGAUAUGACGAAGCAAAAGUAUAUGGGAGGUGCAUCUACCAAGAAGCCGCACGAAGGGCCUUUCACCGGAAUGCUUGGAGCGCAGAUGAACCCACCAGUACAGUCCGGACCCGGCACUCGAAUGUCUAUGAUGCCUGGGAUGCAAGGGAUGGGAGCGGGAAUGGGCAUGGGCAUGAAUAUGAACAUGAACAUGAUGAACUCGCCUAUGGGAAUGCCUAUGAUGGGUGGUCAGAUGGCGUACCCCAUGCAACAGAAUGACAUGAUGCAGAUGCAGCACUUCCAGCAGAUGCAACAAAUGCUUGCAGCGCAGCAAAUGCAAAUCCAACAGAUGCAGAUGCAGCAGGCGCAAGAUCCGCGCAUGUCGAUGGCAUUCCCGAGCAACGUGGCAGAUCCACGCAUGUCCAUGGCGUUCCCUAACCAGCAAAUGAUACCGCCGCCACAUGACCCGCGCAUGUCGAUGGCCGCACCUAGCCUUCUGAACGUACCUUCCGCCCAGCGCCCGAUGUCCAUAAUGCCAAUUGGCAACCAACAGACACAGCAGCCCCCGCGGCCCUUUUCGACACCCAUCGGCGGCUCCAUGGCACCACCACCGCAACUUAAUGGCUACACGCCAUCGAUAGCGCCCUCGGAACGGUCGAACAUCGGACUCUCAGCACGGUAUCGUCCCGUAGCGACUCACUCGGACGCAAAGUCCAGUUCAUCAAUGACCCUGCAAGCGUCUGCUGGCGUAGGUCAGAAUCCUGUGAUGGUCAAGGGCAUCCUCAAGAACAAAUCCCCCAUUGUACAAGAAGACGACGAUGAUGGCUGGGGUAAGAUGGCUGCUAGGAAGAGCAAGUUCAAUAUGGGCGGCGGUGCAAGAGGAGGCGCUGAUGAUUCGUUGCACGAGCUUGUCCGUGGGAUGGACGGGCUUUAG